AUGACCCUUGAGUCUCGGCCCCGCAAUAUCCUUUCCCCCGCUACACUCUGUCCCCGCUACACCUAUCCCCGCUACACGUAUCCCCGCUACACUCUGUCCCCGCUACAUCUACCCCGCUACUCUCUGUCCCGACUACCACUACCCCGCUACACUCUGUCCCCGCUACACCUAUCCCCGCUUCAACUGCCCCCUGCUACACUCUGUCCCCACUACAUCUACCCCGCUACACCUAUCCCCGCUACACGUACCCCCGCUACAUCUACCUCCACUACACUCUGUCCCAGCUACACCUAUCCCCGCUACACCUAUCCCCGCUGCACGUACCCCCGCUACAUCUACCCCCGCUACACUCUGUCCCCGCUACACCUAUCCCCGCUACACUCUGUCCCCGCUACAUCUACCCCGCUACGCUCUGUCCCCGCUACACCUAUCCCCGCUACACUCUGUCCCCGCUACACCUAUCCCCGCUACACUCUGUCCCCGCUACCACUACCCCGCUACACUCUGUCCCCGCUACACCUAUCCCCGCUACACUCUGUCCCCCCUACACCUAUCCCGGCUACACUCUGUCCCCGCUACCACUACCCCACUACACUCUGUCCCCGCUACACCUAUCCCCGCUACACUCUGUCCCCGCUACACCUAUCCCCGCUACACUCUGUCCCCGCUACACCUAUCCCCGCUACAUCUACCUCCGCUACACUCUGUCCCCGCUACAUCUACCCCGCUACACUCUGUCCCUGCUACAUCUACCCCGCUAGACUCUGUCCCUGCUACCACUACCCCGCUACACUCUGUCCCCGCUACACCUAUCCCCGCUACACUCUGUCCCCGCUACACGUACCCCCGCUACACUCUGUCCCCGCUACAUCUACCCCCACUACACUCUGUCCCCGCUACAUCUACCCCGCUACACUCUGUCCCCGCUACAUCUACCCCGCUACACUCUGUCCCCGCUACCACUACCCCGCUACGCUCUGUCCCCGCUACACCUAUCCCCGCUACACCUAUCCCCGCUACACCUAUCCCCGCUGCACGUACCCCCGCUACAUCUACCCCCACUACACUCUGUCCCCGCUACACCUAUCCCCGCUAUCCCUGAUCAGCCACACCCGUACAUGCUACACACCCUCUAUAUCUCGCCCCUGCUACACUCUGUCCCCGCUACACCUAUCCCCGCUACACUCUGUCCCCGCUACAUCUACCCCGCUACACUCUGUCCCCGCUACCACUACCCCGCUACACUCUGUCCCCGCUACACCUAUCCCCGCUACACUCUGUCCCCGCUACAUCUACCCCGCUACACUCUGUCCCCGCUACACCUAUCCCCGCUACACUCUGUCCCCGCUACCACUACCCCGCUACACUCUGUCCCCGCUACACCUAUCCCCGCUACACUCUGUCCCCGCUACAUCUACCCCCGCUACACUCUGUCCCCGCUACAUCUACCCCGCUACACUCUGUCCCCGCUACAUCUACCCCGCUACACUCUGUCCCUGCUACCACUACCCCGCUACACUCUGUCCCCGCUACACCUAUCCCCGCUACACUCUGUCCCCGCUACACGUACCCCCGCUACACUCUGUCCCCGCUACAUCUACCCCCACUACACUCUGUCCCCGCUACACCUAUCCCCGCUACACAUACCCCCGCUACACUCUGUCCCCGCUACAUCUACCACGCUACACUCUGUCCCCGCUACACCUAUCCCCGCUACACGUACCCCCGCUACACUCUGUCCCCGCUACAUCUACCCCGCUACACUCUGUCCCCGCUACCACUACCCCGCUACACUCUGUCCCCGCUACACCUAUCCCCGCUACACGUACCCCCGCUACACUCUGUCCCCGCUACCACUACCCUGCUACACUUUGUCCCCGCUACACCUAUCCCCGCUACACACUGUCCCCGCUACACGUAUCCCCGCUACACUCUGUCCCCGUUACAUCUACCCCGCUACACUCUGUCCCCGCUACACCUAUUCCCGCUACACGUACCCCCGCUACACUCUGUCCCCGCUACAUCUACCCCGCUACACUCCGUCCCCGCUACACCUAUCCCCGCUACACGUACCCCCGCUUCACUCUGUCCCCGCUACACGUAUCCCCGCUACACUCUGUCCCCGCUACAUCCACCUCCACUACUCUCUGUCCCGGCUACACCUAUCCCCGCUAUCCCUGA